AUGGGCUCUCGGCCAGGCUCGAUUGCCCAACACCUUGAUCGCCAAAACCAGGGUCAAUCGGAUGCGGAUUAUGCAGGCCUCCCUUCUUCUCCGCCAGACGAAGGGGUUGUCGACGCCACUCUACUGCAAGCAUUGCGGAAAACUUCACCCAACACAAGCCGAAAAAGGACAUCCCAGACAGUUCUCACUAGACCACUUCCAUUUCGUGACAAUUCAGCGCGUAUGAAGGAAAUCUCAGGCAGCCGUACGCCAGGAUCACCGCAACUUCCCCACAUUUCAAGAGUAUCAAAAUUAAACCUGCGGAGAAAUCAACAGAGCUCGCAGCAGUUAGUCUUUAAAAAGACCAAUAAUACCCAGCAGAGCCCUGGAGCCCAGUCAGAAGAAAACCAUUUUCAAUUUUCAGAUCAAUUAUCCUCUCCUCUAUUGCUUCUGCCUCAAGUUUCUCCAAAUGGAACGCGCUGGACAACAGUACCCAUGGCAGAUGAGCCCAUCAGCAGUGGUUUCAAUUCCCCAUCAUUUCCCAAUCCGACAGCUGCCCCAAGAGCAGCCAAUUCACAAUUCCUAAGCCGAUACAAGGCGGGAAAAGCAGUACCUCUGCGUGACUCCGAGGCAAGAAGCUCUCCUCUGAACUUGAACGAAGCAAAACUCACUCAAUGCUUCCAAAACACCUCAAUUUCUGACGUUCAAUGCUGGCUCGAUGGAUUAAACGUCGAACCUCCCAGCGAUUUAUACGAAUCUGAUGAUUCUCCAUCUGUAAGCAGGAUGAAAAGGGAAGUGUACCAUUCCGACUGCAACAUUCCGCAGUCACAGGUGCUCAACGGGCAUCACUUUAGCCCUCGUGUUGGAAGUGAUAAAGAAAACAUGUCACCCUCAUCAUCCACCUUUGCUGCGGGGCCCAAGUUAUCACCACCGUUACACAUUAGGGAUGAAGAAUAUGACGCCCCAGAUUCGGUAGCGUCUUCCACUUCCCCCUCCUUUCGGGAAUACAGAUCGAAACUCCCCGUCCCAUCGACCCCAGUUCUCGUUCGCAAGACGCAAAAAUGCUUCACAUCCCCGAGGGCUUAUGUACGUGGGCGCAUCUCACCCACUCUCCCACGAGGCCACUAUGUGCUUCCCGCCCGACGAAAGAAAGUGAGGUCGUCUUCGGCCUAUGACCCCAUGCCGCCAUUCGAGAUUGAAGAAGACAAAGAUGCAGACAUUCCUGUAAAACCCCCAAUUGGUUCGUCUUGCCCGCGGAAAGAAACUUGGAUGGGGUUGCGAGAGUUAAGCCCGCAUGUCACACCGUUUCGUAAAGGUCAGGGACCAAAACGAUCCAGAUGCUCUAGCUACUACGAUGAAGACUUCCUCCAGGAGACAAAGACUAAAGAAGAAACGUUGGCCUCUUCGAAACUACCAGUCAUGGAAAAUGGUCGUCGGUUUCCCAUUGGGGAUUCAAUGAACAUGGGGGAAUAA